AUGCUAAAGAAACUACUAAUAUUUGUUAAUUUAUAUAUUGAACUUCUUAUUAUUUAUCUUAUAACAUAUAAAAAUUCUGAGGAACGUAAAGAUGAAAAGAGGUUACAGGAAAUUAAUUUAACAAUUUCAGAAUGGGAAUUAUUAAAAACACUUUUACAAGUAACAAGAUAUUUGGGUAGUUCUUAUUAUGCAACACAUAGUCUUAUGCAUCAGGUUAUAAAAGAAAUAAAAAACAUUUUCAAACUAAAUCAAAUAAAUGAAGAUGAAUUAUACAAUGAUAAUAUCAAAUAUGAUGCAUUUGAUGAUUAUGAAGAAAAAGAAUCACAAACUUAA